CAAAACCCUCACCAAAUACAUAAAAAUAUAAUUCUUAUAGUUAGACUUUUAAUAUAUAUAUAAAUAUAUAUUAUAAAAUAAAUAUUAAUAGUAAUUAUAUGAUGAAACAUGUUACUAUUGAUAGUUUAAUGAAUAUACUUUUACGGGUUACUCAAACGGACAUGUAAUAUAUAUAUAUAUAUAUAUAUAUCAAAUAUAAACUAAUUGAACAAAUAUAUUAAUACAAAUAUAUCAUAGAACAUUACAUUAACAUAAAUCGAAGCCACAGAGUAAGAGUCAAUAUUUUAAUUUUUUAAAUAUAACUAUAUAUAUAAAUUAUAAAAAUUAAGAACUAAAUAUAAUAAAAAUAUAUAUCAAAAUUAAAAUAAUAAAUAUUUACAUUUCUAAUGCGAAUAAUGAAAUUAACUUUUAAAUUUAAAUAAGCCAUAGACAAAACAUCAAAAAGCAUCUAAUAAUAUGUGAAUAACAAAAGUAAACUAACUAAAUAAACAAUUAUAUUUUUUCGCAAACGUAAAUCAUUAAUUUGUAAUAGACGUAUACACAUUAUUGAUGCUGAAUCUAUUUUAUUUUUAGUAUGCAUCCCCUCAAAUAUUAAUCCAUUAACAAGAUGGAAAUUUAGUUGGACUAAAAUUGUAUUAAAAUUGGAAUAUCAAUUUCAUAAUAUAUUCACAAUUCAUCUGAACAUUCAUGAAUACAUAUAUAUAUAUUACAAUACUCUAAAUAUAAUAAUAAAUCAAACCGGAUUACAUAUUGGCUCAUCCAUCAGUUCAACCGAUAACCAGAUCUCGGGUUUUAGCAGUUCUUACGGGUUUUAUAGAAUUUUUAAAUAACAAUUUUUAAAAAAAAACUAAAAUGGAUUACAUAUGAACCACCGAAUUUGGAAAUUUAAUUGCGGGUUGGGUUGGGUCGGGUUUCAAAACAUUGAAUAUAAUGUUUCAUUUGUAAUAUCUAAGUGUAAAUACAAUUAAAAUACAAAUUUAUAUCAAAUAAAUUUGGAAUGUUUCGAAAAUAAUCCCGCGCUUUGAAAGCGCGGGUCAAAAUCUAGUCAGUACAAUUAAAACAGUAUCUCUUUUUUAGAUUUACCCCUACUCUUCACUGUGAUAUUACUUUUUGCGUGAUUAUGGAUUUGCAUAACAAUUUAAAUCUCAAUUAAGGAUAUAAAUCGGAAUGAAAAAGACACCAACUAAUCAGCAACGAUCCUCUCCGUACUUUUAUAUAUCUUGCCUAUUAAUAUAGAGUCAAAACUCUAUAAAUUAACAAUGUUAAGACUAUAAAAAUUAAUUAAUUUACAAAAAAAUAAUCCUUUUUUAGAUUUCUCUACUUUAGAAUAUACUUUUUAUAAAAUAAAAAAUAGUUCAUUUUUGUAUAUAUAUAUAUAUAUAUAUAUAUAUUAAUUAAAUUUUAGAAAUUUGACUUUUACAUUGUUUUUUGUUAUACUAAUUGUUGAGUACGAAAUAUGCUUCAUAGAAUUUAAAUGUAGUUUUAGAUAUAACUUUACUAAAUAUUAUCAAAUAUACUGAAAUGGUACACUGUUUUAUUUGUAAUUAUUUAAAUCUUAUACAUAAAUUAAUUUAUGAUUUUAGUGGGAUAAUAUAUUUACAAAGGAUUUGAAAAAAAAAUUAUCUUAUUAUUUUAUUGAUUUGUGUAAUGGUCGAGACCAAAUUUUUUUAUUAAUUUAGCGUGUUUAUUAAGUUAUCGAGUAUUAAUUUAUAAAGCUUCUAUUGUACUACUAAUAUCUUGGUAUAUAUUUUUUUAAUUAAAAUACGACGUUGACAACUAUAUAUUGUUUUCGUUAUGGCCAUUUUUAACAUUUGAUUGAUAUAACUUCUCUUUUGUUAUGAACAUCUUUAAUAUUAAGAAAACGUGACACAUACUAUAUAUGUUCAUCUACUCCUACUUUUCUUGGGAUGGAUCAGAUCACCUCUUACGGUGUCGGUGGCCAAGAAAAGGCGGUUCAGCGAUUGUCCAAGUUAAUGCUUGGUUCUAAAGAUUGUUAAUGUAGGUCAUCUCAGGUUUUAGGCCAGGCAACGUCGACGGCAUCCUUUUCUGGAAAAUGAUUUAGUGUCGCCAUCUUCGUGGAAGGAGAAUAUAAAUGAUUGUUCAUAACUUUGAGGAAGUUGGCUGAUCAAGCUAUCAUCACCACCUCUGGAAACAGAGGGAAUACAAAGUUCACAACUCUGUCACAUUAUCACCUAUUAGUCUCCACAGGCUAAUAGACAAGGAAGUCCGGAUCGGAAUGCCAUCACAGCAAAGCGCCAUAAGAAGAGUUUCAGGAACCUAAUGCCUUUUGUGGUUGAGCUGAUUAUUUCAUCUGCUCAGUCGUACUUUUGCUUCACCUUGUUUUUUCACUUCUUUUUGCCAAGGUUUUGCAAGUUUUAGAUUUGCCUUUGUAAAUCAAACCUUUCAUUUUAUGAUAUUUACAAUUUAGAAAAGGAAAAAAGAAUAAAUGAAAUACAUCUGAUCUAAAUGAUGUUUUUCUUUUCUUUCUAAUGGGCUUUCGUCUGAAACAUUGAUAUAUAUGUUGGUCCAUUUGAUAUCAAUAUUGACAUUGAUGUACUGAUAUUGUAACUGUUAUGAAAUUAUAUAAUAGGUUUUAUAUCAUGCUUAAUACCAUAAAAUAUGUACAUUCCUAGUAUUUUAUAGUUUAGUUUACAUCUCAAUAUCCAAUAUCUAAUACUAGAGUUGAUUUAAAUAUGUGGUUCUUUUAAAAAAUAUACAUUAUUAAAAUUAUUAUACAAAACUAAAAUAAAUUUUCAACCAUUUUACUUAUUUUAAAAUAUUAAACCCCUCGAUAUUAUAAAUAUAUUAUAACAUUACGUAAACAAGAUUUCAAAAUUGAUCCUUUUAAAAAUAAGAUCUUUUAAAUAUCUAAACAAACAAACAAUCUAACAAAAUAUCGAAACUGAUUCUAAGAAAACAAUAUUAAUUUAGUUAAAGAAAGUUGAAGUAAUCACUUAUUCUGAUAAUUUAUUUCAAAUAGUUAUUGAUAAUUUGAUCUCUAUAAUUAUAAAUUUCCAUACGAUUUUAUUAGAAUCAUCAACUUAUUGUACAUGUCUUUUAUAAACUGAUGCUAGACACAUACUAUAUAAUAUUUAUCUUCUAAAGGAAAACAAAUCAAAAAAAUUUAGCAAUAUUAUUAAUUAUAAUUUUAACCUCCUUAAAAAUUAAAUUAUUUUUAUGUAAAACUAUCACAUUCCUUUCGUUUCAUUUUAGUUGUUAUUUUAGGUUUAUGCACACAGAUCAAGAAAACAUUUAAUUUUGCAUAUUUUCAAAAUAAAAAUAUCAUAACCUAUACAUCUAACUAUAUUUCAACCAACAAAAAAAAAUUGUUAAUAAAUUUUGCAUUGAAAACACAAAACGACACUUAAAAUAAAACAAAAUUUUAACUCUAAAAGGAUAACUAAUAUGAAACGGAGGAAUUGAUUUAUUUGCAAAUAUAAUAUUUUGAAAACUUCAAAGCUUAUAAUUUAAUAAACUAUAAAUUAUUGAUAACUCUUCGAAAUUAACUUUUGAUAUAUUCAACUUUGUCAAAUUCCAUCUCCAUAUAUAUAUAAACUAUAAAUUAUUGAUAACUCUUCGAAAUUAACUUUUGAUAUAUGCCACAUUGUCAAAUUCCAUCUCCAUAUAUACAUCUAUUUAAACAUACAUAAUCAACAAAAUUAUAUUCAUAAUUAGGUUACACAUAAUUUGAAACAUAUAAUUUUACAUUUAACAAAUCUUUAUAUCUUUCAGUGGAAUUAUUCAAAAAAGAAAAUAAAUCCACAUUUUCAAAGCGCGGAUCAAAAUCUAGAAAAUGAUUAAGGUUCAUGGUUGGUUCAGUAGUUUGAUUAAAGAUUCAUUAAUAUUUCUACACCAGAAAUACAUUCAAUUUUGUAUUCGACAUGACGGCUUAGGUGAUGCAAUCAUACGUGAAUCCUCAAAAAACAUGUAGAAUUGUCGAAAAAAUGGCUAGAGAUUUUAAAAGGGAUCUAAAUUCCGUAUGUUUAUUAUCUUAAUUUCCAUAAAACCAAAAUACAAUAAAAAUUUAUAUAGAUUAGUUAUUUGACAACAACAAAACAUUCAUAAAUAGGUUUAAAUGGAUUAUCUAAUAGAUACUAAUAGGUAUAACUAACUAAACCAGCUUUAGGUUAACCAAUUUUUUGGAAUUGUUUUUGUUAUAUAAAGAGAAGAAAGCCGCUGUUAGUAGAAGAAAAAAAGAUCAGAAAUGAUGAAGCUGCGUUUGAGACGUUAUGAGACUAGGGAAACCCUAGAAUUUGAACUGGCUGAUACAAGCAACCUCCAUGAUCUCUGCCAUCGGAUCAGUUCAUCUACGCCUUCCUCCGUUCACUUCUCCCUUAAUCGCAAUGACAAGCCGUCUCCCAAGGAUACACUCCGAUCUCGUGGUAUGACUCCCAGUGACCUCAUUUACUACUACUCUCAACACCCCUCUUCUCCGAUUAAUAUUGAGAUCGUUGCAUCUGCUGGAAGCAAAAGGUUAAGCGUACCAUUUCUCUUGAAAAAGGUAUUACUCGAGAAAUCUGGUGAUGAAAGUGGCUUGACUAUCUUGGCUACUUCAGUUCACGCCGUCAUGUUAGAAUCUGGAUUCUUGUUAUUAAACAAUCGUGGCUGCUUUGAUAAGUUCACCUUUUCUAAAGAUCUGCUUACUGUAUCCCUAAGGUAUACUCUCCCUGAGCUAAUCACCAAGACGAGGGUUGAGUAUGUGACUGUUACGUUUCAGAGCUUGAGCAAUACGAUUGUGGUCUACGGAUCGCUAGGAGGCCGUGGGUGUAUGGUGAAAAGGGUUAGUCUCAAUAAGAAUAGGUUUGUGUCCGUUAUCGAUUUGGUUGUGGAUACUUUGAGGUUCGAGAAACAAGCCUCUUGCAGCAGCUACCGCGACGUGUUCACGUUCUGGAAGAUGGUGAAAGAUGGUCUUUCUAUCCCGUUGAUGACGUGUCUUUGCGAGAAGUAUGGUUUGGAACUUCCACCUUGCUUGAUGUUUCUACCAAGGGAGCUGAAGAUGAAGAUACUUGAGUUGGUUCCUGGCGACAGUGUUGCCAAAAUGGCUUGCGUAUGUGCGGAGAUGCAGUGUCUGGCUUCAGACGAUGGCUUGUGGAAACAGAAGUACUUGGAAGAAGCCAAGUAUCUCGUUGUGAAUCGAUCAAGUGUUUCUUGGAAGGCAGAGUUUGCUGCUUUUUGGAAGCAACGCCAAAAAGUUAGAAGUGACAUGGAGAUAAGUCGUCGCAGCGUGACUAGUCCUGGGAUCAUUGCACAGUCUCGCGCUGACCGUAUCAGUAGUCUUCGUGCGUACCGUAGACAACGCCGUCAACGCUGAUGCCCCUUUCCCUUUCCGAAUGUUUAAUGGUGUUUUCCAUAUUAGCUAAUAAAUCCCUUGGAUAUUUUUUUAUUCUUUAGAUAGGUCUUUUGUUUUAGGAUUAGUUUUCUCUUCUCCUUUGCCCUGCUUAUGCUAUUUGGUUGUUAUUUUAUAUCUUUAAAUAAAGCUUUUGACCAACUUA